AACAGAAUUUGCUAGGAAUCUUUUUCUUUUAAUGUUAUUACUUUUUUUAAUGAUGGUUGUAUUUGAAAUUAAAGUAUACUAUUCCAUUCUGUUCUAUAUUGUUUUAUAUUGAGUUAGCUAUUCCAUCUACUGUCAAGGGCUGGCUAGGGAAUUCCACAUAACUUCAAGUUGAAAAGGUUCUAAAACACUGGUCUGCAUUGACUGCCUCUUGGCAAUUCAUCCUCGGGUGGUUGAGAGUAGCACUGGAUCCAAACGGAGAUACAUUAACCCCCGUUUGCAGCUAGUUCACUUUUUUAUUAUUCUUGAGCAGCCUAUUUUUAAACCGGCUAACAGAAAUCAGCGCUUUUUUUUUUUUUUUUUUUGCAUUUUAUUUUGGGCAAAAUACUUCUGAAUCUGCGGAGUUAAUCCUACAAUUUUAACAACUCCUCCUUCGCUGUUUUAAUCCUAUCCUAAGGGGGAAAUCAGCAGGACGCUAAGUAGCCCUUUAAAAAAAAAUUGCAACUUGUCUACCUCCAGCAUUUAAAACGCACAUAAGCUCACGUGCCUUGGGUCUACCAAGGCGAGGCAUUAUGGUCAACGUAGUUUGCGGUAACAGAAAUCUUGCUCCUUCGUGGCGGAACUGCAAUGCUAUACUUCCUGCUGGCCGAAAUUGUAAGAUCUGCGAGGCUAUUGCAGCGUGCAAGAUGGUUAUAACUUUGGCAUGUCAAGUGGGAUAUAGAAGAACUUCAGCUCUGUGUAAUAGGAUUUAUUCAACCUAUGUCAGGAGAAUGAGAUACAUGUUCAAGCUGAAAGAAGAUGAUGAUGCUUGUCGGCAGGCCUAUAAUUCUGGAACUUUCUUCCUAUUUUACAACUUCUCUCCCUUCGUGCAGCAAAAAGGAAAAGCGUUACUAGUCCCAAAGCUAAAGGCAGCAGAAAUAAAAAGACUUUUGCAAAAGUUUCAGAAGAGUGAGAAGACGAUGGAGGAGUCCAUGCUGGUGGGCUGUUCGGAAGAAUGUACCCCAUAUUUUGCUCUUGACCUAGGAUCCUUGCCAAAAUCUGCUGUUGAGUCUGAACUUGAUGGAUCCUUUGGAAAAUUACAGAAAGCUUUCUUCCAAUUAGAAGACGAAGAUGCAUCUUUGAUUUCCACGUCUCAGGCACUCCUUCAAUGGCAUAAUAAUAACCAAUAUUGUGGCAAAACUGGAGAGCCCACAGUGAAGAAUUUGGCUGGGAGCAAACGAAUUUGUCAUAACAAUGGAAUCGUCUAUUAUCCACAGAUGUCUCCAGUGGUUAUCGCAUUGGUGUCCGAUGGGAGUCGAUGCCUUCUUGUACGGCAGGCAUCAUUUCCUAAAGGGAUGUACAGUGCUUUGGCUGGCUUCUGUGACGUGGGUGAGAGUCUAGAAGAGACAGUCCAACGUGAGGUUGCUGAAGAAAUAGGCUUAGAGUGUACAAUCAAUACUCAGGAGCUUGAAUCUGCCAGAUGGUUCAGCCACGAGGAAGUGGUGAAGGCACUUGAACAGGAAUCAUGGCCUUCUAAAGAAACGGAUGAAAGAACCUCUUUUUGGGUGCCACCUAAACAAGCUAUAGCUCGACGGUUAAUCCAAGAAUGGGUGAAGCAGAAAACGUCUCCUUAGUUUUAAAAAAUGUGCAGGGGGGGAGGAUGAUGGUAACUUUAUAACUGAUGUCUUUUUUGCAGUGGUCCUCCAUAUUUUGUGGAGUAAGUAUUGGUAAACCAUAUUAGAUCUUUUGACAUGUUGUCUUGAAAAUUCACUGCUGUAGAAAUCAUUGAAUUGGUUUGGAACAAGAAGUUGAUAUUCCCAUAUAGUAAUAAUAUUAGCAAAACCAAUCUAAACUUCUAUUCCUGUUGGAAACUAAUAAAAUUUGGGAGUAUUCUUGGGAUUUCUUAGUAAAGCCAUUUGUGGGCAAAUCUGGGCCUUGAAUUACUUGCUUGUCGUUGGAAGCAUCCUGACCAUGCCACCAGUUGGAGUUGGGAGUAGAGUUAAAAUUCUUGACCACCAGGAGACUGUGACCAAUUUUGUCCUUAUUGGGAUUCAUCAGGUCCACAUAGCCAUUAUAGUUAGUACUCUUACAUGGUUGACUCUCCUCUAUCCGUUUGACUUCUCUUCCCUCUUUUUAAACAGAUUGCCUCCUGUCUCUAAAAAUAAUGCAAUUGUUUGCUAAAUAUACAUGUUCCCCAACCAAAGUUCUGUUCUCUCAUUCUUCCUGUGAGAAUUUGUGUGAACUUAAAGGAUUCUUAUCAUUUAUAUUUGAAAAGUUCCUAAUUAUACACACAAAAGCAAAAAGGGAAAAAGCAAGCCGAGGAUUGGGGUGGGUGUUAAAUUUACCCAACAUACUUGACUGGGUGAGCUAAAGAUGUAAAGACUGCUUUCAGCUAACCUGCUAAUUCUGCUUAGUUUUAACCUUUAAUUUGUUUUUGGUUUGACUUGUGGGCAGGGGCUAAAAGCAGCUCAUUCGGGUAGGUUAUUUUAUAUAAAAAUAAUAAAUGAUUUAGUUCAGUAACCAGGUUAAAGUUGUGUGAAUUCAGGCAGAAUAUUGAUUUGGUGUAUUAUAUGGAGUUUACUGGAGCUUAUGUGUUUUGGAGUAUAGAUCCUAACACUCUCUUAUACAAGUAGUUCACUACUUACUACUGGUUGCUUAGUAAUUGUCUGAAGUUCCAAUGGACCGCCACAGGGUUACUUACGACUCAGAUUCAAAGUUCCAACCACUGCCCCCAUCCCUGCAGUCACAUCACAUUUUGGGCUUUUGGCAACUAGCAUUUAUGGCAAUUUGCAGCUUUCUGAAGUAACAUGACCAUGAUUUGUGAUACGUUUUGCCAGAAACUGGCAUUUUACUUCCAGUUUCCUGCAAAAAACUUCCAUGGCAGACAAUGGAUUUGCUCAAUGGCAGCGGUGUUCAUUUAAUGGCUGUGAUGAUUUACUCAACAACUCCUACAAAAAAAAGUAAAAUUGGGCCAGGUCAUAUGAGGACCCAGGUAUCACCAGCACAGUAAUUUGUAAUUUGGGUUUCAAUUAUAAUAAAUUGAGGACCUUCUGUA